AAUCGUAGAGACCAAGGACUAAGAAGAGAAGUUACGGUUGACCCAAACCAGAUCUUCCUUGCAAUUUCAGAGGAAUUCAAGAUAUCAGAUCUUAUUCUUCUUGUUUAGACAUUUUUUUCACCCAAGGAUCUCGCUUAUUAACCAGAUGGCAGAUGGCCUUGCGCAGUCUAGGUACGUCAAGUUGACGAAGGACCAAGCGCCGACCGAGGACAUUAGGCCCGGCGAGCUGAAUCAGCCCAUUGAUGUACCUCAGCUGGCCGUUCGCAAGUGCAAUGAGUGUGGACAAGCUUUACCAGAAAACUUUGAACCUCCUGCAGUUGAACCUUGGACAACCGGAAUUCUUGGUUGUGCUGAAGACACAGAAAGUUGUUGGACAGGACUGUUUUGUCCAUGUGUUCUUUUUGGUCGUAAUAUUGAAACGCUUAGAGAUGAUACUCCGUGGACUACACCAUGCAUCUGCCAUGCCAUUUGUGUUGAGGGUGGCAUGGCACUCGCAGUAGCAACGGCAGUUUUUCAUGGUAUCGAACCGAGGACAUCCUUUCUUAUUUGUGAGGGUUUAUUAUUUGCUUGGUGGAUGUGCGGCAUAUACACUGGCCUUGUUAGGCAGACAUUACAGCGGAAAUAUCAUCUUAAGAACUCUCCGUGUGACCCAUGCAUGGUGCAUUGCUGCAUGCACUGGUGUGCCUUGUGCCAAGAACACAGAGAGAUGAAGGGACGACUCUCGGAUAACUUUGUGAUGCCAAUGACUAUUGUCAACCCUCCCCCUGUUCAAGAGAUGAAUGCCAAUGAAAACCAGGACUCUGCACCACCACCGUCUAGGAACGGCACCAAUUUGGAGAUGCAAGCUUUGUAGGUUACGUUUUCAGCCAUACCCCAAUUAUAUGAAAAACACAAAUGAUCUUGCUAUAUCAUGGUUUUGAUUUUUGUUUUGUUCAACUUUCUAGUUGAAACUCUUUUAACUUCUGUCUGUUAAAACCUCAGUUGAUGAGGGGAGAUUUUGCUUUUUCAUUAUUGCGGAUGCUGUGUCAUCCGAAUGAUUGUUACAUUGUGUACAGGUCCUACAGGCGGCUGCCAUUUUUAUGGCCAAGACCAUAUUUUUAAUUCCAUCCUCGAGAUCCCAAUGCCU